AUGGAAAGAACAACCAAAACCAUUUUCGCUUCCUUUUUACUCUGCACUCUCCUACUUCACCUUCAUCUUUCCAAAGGGGUAGCACAAGAGGUGGCAAAAUCCGAAAGCGAAGCAUUAGGGGAGCCAGAGAAAAGAGAAGCACUUGAAAUCAUCAUAGGUGGUGGAGGUUCCCCUGCUCCCUCCCCUGCUUCCCCUGAAUCUCCAUGCCCCCCUCCCCCACCCAAACAGCUUUCUCGUUUAGAGAAAGCUCGUCGCGUGCUUCUCAAAUUCAAAUCCCUCAUCGAUGACCCAACAUGUUACACGCAAAACUGGAACGAGAACACCGGCACAUGCGACUUCAGGGGUGUACGAUGCGCCACAUAUCCGAACACAUCAGAGAAAGCAGUUGCAGGAUUGGACUUGAACGGAGCAAGAGUGAAGGGUCUAAACGGCUGCGAUUUGCCCCUCUCAACUCUCUUGGGUGAGAAGCAAAUACCGGAGUUGACAUUCUUCCACGUCAACUCCAACGGCUUCGCCGGCUUCGUCCCCAACGAAAUCACGCGUCUCCCUUUCUUCUUCGAGCUCGACCUCAGUAACAACAAAAUCAAUGGCCAGUUUCCCCUGGACGCGCUCCAGUCAAACCUACUGGUCUUCCUGGACCUCCGCUUCAACCAACUCACCGGUCCAAUUCCCUCCCAACUCUUCGAGAAGGACCUCGAUGUCAUUUUCAUAAACAACAACCAAUUCACUCAGGGCCUCCCGGAGAAUUUCGGGUCCACACCGGCUCGCUACCUGACUUUCGCCAACAACAACCUCACCGGCCCCAUUCCCAAGAGCGUCGGUCACGCACCCAACCUCACCGAAGUUCUCUUCUCCGGCAACAAGUUCGAUGGCUGCUUGCCCUUUGAAAUUGGAAACCUCAAAAGAGCUGUGGUCUUUGACGUGAGUAACAAUUCACUCACCGGCCCCAUCCCUCUCUCCUUCGGGUGCUUGAAGAGCAUUCAGUAUCUCAAUUUGGCGCACAACAAAUUCUACGGAUGUGUUCCCGACAAUGUUUGUCAAAUUUCUUCUCUCCGCAACAAUGGUAAUCUCUCCCUGGCCAACAAUUACUUCAACGAGAUUGGCCCGUCCUGCUGGAGUUUGAUCAAGUCCAAGGUUUUGGAUGUCUCCAACAAUUGCAUCCCGGGGCUCCCAAAACAAAGGUCUUCCAAAGAAUGCUAUGACUUUUACAAGACGAAGAAGGCGUGUCCGAAUCCGAGUUCUCUCUACUACGUGCCGUGCAAAUCGCACUGGGGAAAACCCAGUUCCGAAGUCACUGGUCCUCCUACUGAGCCGGUGACUUACAAGACUCUCAAACCCCAUCGUCUGAGAUUGUGA